AUGCAUCUCCCCACCACCCUCCUCCUAACAGCCCUCUCCAGCACGCUCGCUCUAUCCGCCGAAUUCAACAUCCUGAAGCCCCGAAAUUGGGACCUCCACCUCCUCACCCCCGGCUGUUCCCCAAACGCCUCCAACUUCGACAUCUCAGUGUACCACCGCUCCGGGGUCGCCGCGCGCUCAUGCAUCUCGUUAUCCGAGGACUCGAAUCCGAACACGACGGCGGUGCAGACGAUUUCGUGGAAAAGUCCCGUGACGAAACCGUAUGCGCUGUGCACGUUCCGGGGUGGGGAUUGUGAUCCGGAUGGGUUUGUUGAGGCCGUUAGGGGGGAUUGGGAUGUUUGCUAUCCGUAUAAGGAGUGGAAGGGGUGGAAGGUUGUGGCGUUUGGGGAGGAUUGCUAUUGA